GGCGCCUCUCGCGAGCGCGGCGGCCAUGGCGGUGCUGCGGGCGCUGCUGCUGCUGCUCUCCAGCCCGCGGCUCGUGGAGCGGCUCUCGGAGUCGCGGCCCAUCCGCGCCGCCGCCCGGGUCACCGCCGGCGCCCUCACCCGCGGCCAGCGCCACCUGGCCCCGCGCCUGCUUCGCCUGCGCGACGCCUUCCUCGCCGAGCUCAAGGACGGCGCCCGCGCGCGGGGGUGGCCGUGGCCGCGCGGGCCGGGCCGCGGCGGCCGCCCCGGAUCAGCGCCGUGAUCGCCGCUGCGAGCGGGCGGCAGCCGCGGACAGACGAGACCCGCCGCCGCUCCCCUGCGCCGAGCGCACGGAGCGCGUUGGCACCGGCGGGUGACAGCGGAGCCCCGGCAGCCGCCCCGGACCCCGGCCGUGCCCGGGCUGUGGAUGGCGAGCUGCGGACUGGACGGUGCGUUCCUCAUCGCGCGGCCUGGAGCGACUCCUCGGGAAAGCAUGAACACGGGAAGCUGCUCCUCGUCGGUUUCAUGGAUUUCCAUUUCAAAGACAGUAUACACGUCCCACGGUUCUCAGGAACAAACAGACUUACUUUAUAAUCACCCACAAUGCUGUGAAGAUUGUCACUUUAAGCGCUUGAUAAGAAACUUAAAAUAAAAUCACAAUUCUCAGAGGA